GUGUGGCAGCGCUUUGGGUGCAGCCCUUUGGUACAGGGCUAAACAACCCCAGGUUUUGCUUAAUGGUGAGGAUGGUGAUGAGGCAGUGCUGGAGCUGCCUCUACCUGUGCCAGCUGAUAGGGAGAAAGCGUCCGCAGCCCCACAAUGAUGUGGGGUUGGGUGACCCCAGAAGUCCCGGUUCCGGGAGCCUGAAUGUGGGGAACAGAGGGACCUGGGGACGGGGCCGCAGUUUGGGGCGAUGCCCCCACUCUGCCUUUUGCUGGGUGAUCCCCUCCUACCCUGGGGGGUGCUGGGGGCCAUGGGUGCAGCGAGUUGCUCACAGUCUCAGCUGACAGCGGCACACGUGGCCCAGGUCACAGCAUGGGCGCCCACCGGCCGUGCCCAUCCACAGCAGCGCCAGGGAGCGCUGGCACCCCAACCCUGACCGCAUGAGCUCAGAGGAAGGGCCUUUUUCAUCUUUUUUCCCCUUCCCUCCCAGCUGCAUUCCCAAGUGCAUCCAAUUUUAGCAGCUUUGCAAAACAAGCCCUCAAGUUUCCCGGGUUGGAGCGGCGCGUGGCAGCGCGCGGCCGGCUCACGGGGAGGGCUGAGGGCUCCUUCCCGCUUCCCUGCUGACACGGGGCCAAACGCGGCGGAGCUGACGGCCCUGAAUGCCAGGAUCCGAUUUCUGCUGUCUGCUGGCGCGAGGGGGAAAGCCCUCCUAUAUAGACCUGCGAGGCGGCCGCGCUCGCAGUCGCGGGUGGAGCGGUGCGUGGGCAGCAAUGGAGCGGCUGCUGCUGGCCCUCCUGGCUCUCGCCGCCUUUCGCUGCACCGGGGCAGCAGCAGAGUCACUGGAGAACGACUUGGAGCCCGGCAAGAGCGACGCACUGGGGAAGCCCUGGAAAGCUCCCAGCCCAGAGGAACUCGACCUGAACACAGCAGGCGGAGGGGCUGAAUGGACGUCGUGGUUCAACAUCGACCACCCCGGGGGGGACGGCGACUACGAGAGCCUGGAUGCCAUCCGCUUCUACUACCGCGGACGCGUCUGCGCGCGGCCGGUUGCCAUCCAGGCGCGCACCACCGAGUGGGAGCUGCCCCAGGACGUGGGCGAGGUGGUGCAUUUCAGCCCCAAGAAGGGUUUUCGGUGCGUCAACAAGGAGCAGCCGCAGGGCAAGACGUGCUCCAACUACCACAUCCGCUUCCUCUGCCCGCUGGGUGAGUGCCGACCCCGGCCCCGACGGCACCUCGGGGGGGUCCGAGCCCAUCGUCCUCGGACGGCACCGUCCCGAGGGAGAAGUGCUGGCGGGGAGUUGAUCCCGGGGCGGAGGGUUCCCAUGAACCUGCCCCACUCAGUCACCCCCUCUGCCCCCCCCUGUGAGCUCUCAGCGCCGUGCCGUCCCGCAGCCUGCCCCGAGCACACCCUGCAGGGCGCUGUCGUCUCCGCCACUGGUGCAGCGCUGCCCGGUGCCCGUGUCUACCUGGAGGGACGCCCGCCGGCACUGCUGGCACGCAGUGACACGCGUGGGGCAUUUCGUGUGACUGGGCUGUGUGUGAACAUCGGUGCAAACGUCAGCGCCCACCGUGAUGGUUUUGCUCCAGGACUGGCACCUGUUGUGUCCAACGGCACCGGACUGUUGGUGGCACACAUCGUGCUGCAGAAGUUGGAGAAGCCCUACAUGGUGCUGCACCCCACGCCCAAGGUGCGGGUGGCCGGGCAGGAGGUGACCUUCUGCUGCAAAGCUUCGGGGACACCCGUGCCCAAGAAGUACUACUGGUACCACAACGGGACACUGCUGGACAGGACAGCACACCGGUACAGCAGCCGCCUGGUGCUGCGGGCGCUGAGACCGGAGCAGGCAGGCACCUAUCACUGCAAGGCCAGCUCCGAGGCCGGAGCCAUCCGAUCUGCACCGGCACAGCUCACCGUGCUGGCCCAGGGCCAGCAGAGCUGCAAAGCAGCACCAGAGCCCAGCCUGGUUGAGCUGCCCGCUGAGUGCCAUCAGGAUUCCGGCGGGUCCCGCUACUACGAUGUGGGGCACUGCCCAUCCACGCCAUGUGCUGGCAGCCCGGCUGAUGGGCAGCGGUGUGGGGCGGGCGCACGGCGCUGCUGCGGGGUGCGGCGCAUGGAGAUGCGGGAGAUCCGCUGCCGUGGGUCCGUCCUUCCCAUCAAGGUGGUGGCCAAGUGUGGCUGCGGGCCCUGCGCACAGCCCCGCGUCCUGGUGCAGGGACGGGUGACUGCAGCCGACACCGGAGAGCCGCUGCGCUUCGGGCAGAUCUUCCUGGGGAAGAAGAAGAUCGGCUUCACCGGUUUCCAGGGCUCCUUCACCAUCGAGGUGCCGCCCGACACGCAGCGCCUGGUGGCACGCUUCGUGGACCGGCAGCAGCGCCUGGUGGAUGCCGUCAAAGUGCUGCCCUUCGACAGGCGCGGCGGCGCGGUCUACCAGGAGGUGAAGAUGAUGAGGAAGAAGGAGGCGGUGGAGCUGGAUGCCGGGCAGAUCAAUGCCAUCCCGCUGGGUGAGGCGAGAGGCCAGGAGCCCAUUGCUGAGCUCGUCAUCCCCGCCGGAGCCUUCCUCCGCCCCUCCGGGGAGGUCUUCAAGGGCACCGUCAAAGCCAGCGUCACCUUCCUGGAUCCCAGGGACGUGGCCACGGCGCGCGCCGCCUCCAGCGACCUCAGCUUUGCCAAUGCUGAUGGGGAGAUCGUGCCCCUGCGCACCUACGGCAUGUUUGCCGUGGACUUUCGGGAUGGGGACUCGGGCACGGCGCUGCAGACGGGGCCGGUGGAGGUGCGGAUGGACGCGGGGCAGAUCUGGAUGGCGGAGCACCUGCAGAAGAUGAAGCUGUGGUCCCUGAACCCUGAGACUGGGCUGUGGGAGGAGGAGGGCGUCCUCCGCCCGACCAAGGAGCGGCGUGGGAGGAGGGAGGAGCGGACCUUCCUCGUGGGGAACAUGGAGAUCCGCGAGAGGCGGCUCUUCAACCUGGACGUGCCAGAGGACCGCCGUUGUUUCGUCAAGGUCAGGGCCUACAGCAACGAGAAGUUCAACCCCUAUGAGCAGCUGGAGGGGGUGGUCAUCAGCCUCAUCAACCUGGAGCCCCAGCCCGGCUUCCCUGCCAACCCACGGGCUUGGGGCCGCUUCGACAGCGUGGUCACCGGCCCCAACGGCGCCUGCCUGCCCGCCUUCUGCGACGCCCGCCGCCCCGAUGCCUACACGGCGUACAUCACAGCCACGCUGGGCGGCGAGGAGCUCGAGGCCGUGCCCUCCAGCCCCAAGCUCAACCCCAACGCCGUUGGAGUGUCUCAGCCCUACCUGAACAAGUUGGGCUACCGCCGGCUGGACCACGAUGACCCCGACAUCAAGAAGACGGCCUUCCAGGUCAACGUGGCCAAACCCGACCCCAACAACAUCGAUGAGACCAACGGGCCCAUCUACCCCUACCGCAGCCUCAGGGAGUGCGAGGAGGCGCCGGUCAGCGCCAACCACUUCCGCUUCUACCGGGUGGAGGUGGACAAGUACGAAUACAACGUGGUGCCCUUCAAGGAGAGCGACCUCACCUCCUGGACCGGCGACUACCUGUCCUGGUGGCCCAACCCUCAGGAGUUCCGCGCCUGCUUCAUCAAAGUGCGCAUCGAAGGGCCGCAGGAGUACAUGGUGCGCUCGCGCAACGAGGGCGGCAGCCAUCCCCGCACAUUGGGGCAGCUCUACGGGCUGCGCGACGCCCGCAGCGUGCGGGAUGCCAUGCGGGUGGGCAGCUCGGGAGCCUGCCUGGAGUUCAAGUGCAGCGGGAUGCUGUACGAUCAGAGCCUGGUGGAUCGCACCUUGGUGUCCGUCAUCCCGCAGGGCAGCUGCCGCCGCACGGCCGUCAAUGGGCUCCUGCGGGACUACCUGGCGCGGCACCCUCCGGUGGCCGACAAUAACAACACGGCCGCCUUCACCAUGCUGGCGCCGGUCGACCCGCUGGGGCACAACUACGGCAUCUACACGGUGACGGACCAGAACCCGCGCCUGGCCAAAGAGAUCGCCAUCGGCCGCUGCUUUGAUGGCACGUCGGAUGGUUUCUCGCGGGAGAUGAAGUCGGACGCGGGCACGGCCGUCACCUUCACCUGCCAGGAGCGGCCGGCGGGACGCGAGAGCUUCUUCCAGCGCCUGCUGACAUCGCCGGCCGAAGCGCUGGAUGAGAUCCGGCGUGAGAUGGGUGCCGGGGAGCUGCGCCGGGCUCCCCCCGAAGUGCUGGACUUCGCCUCCGGCGUGCGCGCCCUGAGCCCCGCGCCCACCCCCCGCAGCCCCGGCAGCCGG